CUGUGGGAAGCCUCAGGUAAAGGCUUUCACUGAAAUCCAUCGUUUCUAUGUCGAAAAUAACAUUGAAAUACAUCGUCUUCAGGUCAGUCAGACUAUUGAUCAGUUGCAGGACUAUACGACUGUAUAUCUGACCUGUACGUCUACAUGUGACGCAAUAUUGACAAUAUAACUUUUAACAGUUGGUAGAAGCCCCAACUUUUUUUUAUUAAUAGCCAGAUAUCAGGAAUAAUGCGAAAGCAUAAUGGAAAUCUAGUUAUAUGUAUUUUUGGCAAAAAACUAAAUUUUAUAUCAACAGGCUUAUAAAUAGCAUUAAAUAUGUUUUUUUUCCCUCUGACGUCACUUUGAUCUACAGAGCAAAUGCAAUGACCCCUGCGAAAAAAAAGAGAACAUUUUAACAAAUUCAAAAGUCCAAUUAAUAUCUUAUUUAUGCGGAUUUCGAUUGUAGCUUUUAUUUUUAACUCGAUCAGAAUAAACUGUUUAUGCACACAUGCUCGCUACAACUUUUCAGAAACGAACGAAACGUUUUCACCUUUGUUUAUUGAUUACAUUGAUAAAAUUUUAAACGGAGGAAAUGAACGAAACACAUCAAAUAAACUCGCUAUGCUUCUCUAUAAUCUCCACUCCCAUUCACCCCUCCUCCCAGCCAUGCGAUCUGUGCGCAUGCGCAGCAGGCUGCUUCACUCUGAUGUUUCGGCCUGUUUCGGCAGUAGCCGGACAUUUUCGCCUCUUUGUUUUACUGAUAGUGGAUUUAACUCGGAUUCAACCCAAUAUCCAGCGGACCGCUGUGGCCACAAACAGCUGUGAAAGCACAGGAUGCAGAGCUAACGCCACACCGUGUCUCCCAAAAGAAGCCUGGCUGCCAGACCCUCAGCAGUAGACACAUGGCGGCAAUAGGGAACCCCGAUAUGUUAACCAGAAAGAUAAAACUGUGGGACAUCAACGCCCACAUCACCUGCCGUCUGUGUGAGGGGUACCUGAUCGACGCCACAACGGUCACCGAGUGCUUACACACCUUUUGCAGGAGCUGUCUGGUGAAAUACCUGGAGGAGAACAACACAUGUCCCACGUGUCGGAUUGUCAUUCAUCAGAGUCAUCCACUGCAGUACAUCGGACAUGACCGAACAAUGCAAGAUAUUGUGUAUAAAUUGGUGCCGGGCCUGCAAGAAGCCGAGAUGAAGAAACAGAGAGAAUUCUAUCAGAAGUUAGGCAUGGAGGUGCCUGGAGACAUUAAAGGAGAACUGUGCAACACAAAAAUCCACACCGACACUCAGCGUAAUGGUGACCUGAAAACAGAAGAUCCGUCCAAGGAGGCAGGAGAUGAGAAGGCAGAAGAAGACAAUGAUUACCAUCGCAGCGAUGAGCAGGUGAGUAUCUGUCUGGAGUGUAACAGCAGUAAACUCCGAGGACUCAAGCGGAAAUGGAUUCGUUGUUCGGCUCAGGCCACGGUUCUCCACCUCAAGAAGUUCAUCGCGAAGAAGCUCAACCUGACGUCUUUCAACGAGCUGGACAUCUUAUGCAAUGAAGAAAUCCUAGGCAAGGACCAUACGUUGAAAUUUGUUGUGGUAACAAGAUGGAGAUUUAAGAAAUCGCCCCUCCUCCUGCAUUACAGACCCAAAAUGGAUUUGCUGUAGUCGGACAAAAAAGGUUGGUUGUUUCCGGCCCAGUGCUCCAGGACACUAUAUAUGCAGAGACGGUCAACGCCCACACCAAACAAAAACCCCGACACAGAUACGAGCCAGCAAACAACAAAAGCUUCACAGCUACCGCAACACUGGCAGCUUACGGGAACAACUGCUUUCGUCCGAUAUGUCCUAAAUAUGUGAAAAAUUGAGAGAAAGCAUAUAUUUAUACUUUUGUAUAGACGAGAGAAGUGAAACCGAUUGGUGCUCUGUUUACACAUUAAAACAAAAAAGACAAAAAAAUAAGGGAGCUGUGAGAGAAGUUAAACGUUUUUCUACCAUUUGACUUCGCUCCUAGCUCAACUGUGGGCAAAAUGAUUGGUGCUCGGGAUCUGUCAAUCUCCACGGAAGUGUUGUCAUACACUGCUAACCAGAGGAGGCGCAGCGUUUCAAACGGACCGUUCUCUCUCAGGUCUCAACCAACACUUCUUGGGAGCACAGCAGAGCCUUUCUAAGCUUAUAUAAAGGCGGUUUAUAUAAGUUGUGUGUUAUCUCAGAGCAGUUUCUUUUAAUUUUUUUUGCCGCCGCUACGAGUGGAAUUGUGAAUAGGCAAAUUUAUGUGUAGUAUUUAUGUUCUAUUUACCAAUAUUGUAUAUAAAAGUUGUUAACAGAGAGAAGGAAUAAGAUUGUGUUAAAGAAACAGAGACUGUUUAGAGUGCUUUUCCAGAAGUGCUUUAUCUUGGGCCGCGUUCACGUGGCCGCGUGGAUACGAACAUAUGAAUUCAAGCCAGAUUUCUUAUCAGCAAAUCUUUUAUCGGUGGCGUAGACCUUUAUGUUGCAAAAAGCCACAUUGUCUUUAAUAUACCAAGACUUUAAGUAUGUCAUUAUUAAGUGUGGCAGUGAUAUCAUUUGGAUGGGGUUUGGAAAGCAGAAGUGCUUUGAAUCACGGUUCCUCUGAAUCAAUUUGCGAGGAUGUGUAAUGACGAAUCCUUAAUGUUAAUGUCUUAGUUUAACAGCCAACCGCCCAUUCUAUAUAUAUAUAUAUGUACAUCAAUCCCGCCUGAACGUCAUAUAUGCAAUGUAUCACUUUUUAAUUGAGACAAACAUGAUAAAACCCUGACAGAUCUCCAUUCCUUUGGGUAUGAAUGUAACCCACAUGUAUCCGUCCAUGAAUAUGUACAACUGUUUGUUUUGUUGCUAUCUUUAGUGCCAAAGGCUUUAUCCCCCCGAAUUCACUUAUAUUCUGCAUGGCAAGCUGUACGUAUGGCAGAAUGCAUCUAUGAAAAGCGUUUGACCUGAACUUAUUCGAUACAGAGGAAUUUAUCCGAUUAGGUUAGUGAAAAUUGGAUGUUAAAUUGAUUGUCCUUUAGUUCUUUUAUUGCGUGAGCCCUUAUUGAAUCUUGUAAUAUUUUUGUUCCAUUACGGACGUCUGCUCAUUCAAUGAUGGACGAACUUCAGUCGAUCAAAUUUUAAAGGGCUCUUAUCUGAUAUGUAACCGCAAUGUAUUAUUUCACGUUUCUUAAAGCGCUGAUUGACAACAUUUUGUAAUUUCUGAACGUUUGAUGAAAACAGUUAUUAAAUCGGUCAACUUUACACGGGUAAAUGCCAAACCAGCUUGACCAAAUCUUUCUGGUUCACUUCGGAGUUAUUCCAUAUAUUCUGAUGUUUUAUAUAUUCUAUAAUAUUUCAUAAUCGCAUAGAAACACUCAGCACUGAAAUGUUUCAUCUAGUUUGGACUGCCCUUCCUCAGUGUCUUAUAAUGUGAAUGAUCUCAGUUGCAUCCCAACGUCACACUUCAUCAUCUCUUCUUUCCCGUUUCUUGAGUUGCAUCAAAAUAAUACUGUAAAUUCAUGUCAAGCAAACAUUCACAUGGCUAGAUUUCCAAACCAGACGUCUCUGUACAAACUAGCAGACAUGCUUUUGCUGUUUUUCAUUAAAUGCCUCUCUCUUGUUGUGUAUUCUCAAAAACCAGCAUUUGGUGUGAAUGUCUAAUGCUGGAAGGGUCUUACUUUCGGGGGGUCAGGGUGUUCGAUUCAUUUGAUUUGAGCCAAUAAAUGGUGCUAAUGUUUUGUACCUUUUCAAAAUAAAACUGAACAUGGUGCAGACCACGAGCGAGUCUUACAAUACCUGUAUUUGUCAUAACUUGCUUCUUUGACGUAAUUGGUGCUCUCUUGGGUUUGUGUAACUGCCUGUCUCUCAGAAACGGGGGGGAGCUGGUUCAAUGAUUCAUGGGGUUUUGUUUACUGCUGUCCCAGGAAACUUUGAAAUCGGUCUAAAUGUAGCAGCACAUAAGACUGUCGUCAUCUUUUAUAAACAACACUAGCGGUUAGAGGUCUGCCUUGCAUCACUUUUAAGUGUGGGUUCUUUCUGUUAAACCUCUAUCACAAAACUCUUUGAGGUUGUUCUUUAUUGGUGUAAGUUAUAAAGCUGUGUUUCCUGAGCCAGGAGAUGGAAGUAAGGCUUUCCACUCUGGUAUUGUUUAAAUCACUGUUUUACUCUCCGAGGGCCUCGUUGGGCAUAAGAGGUGUGCGUUCAGAGGUAGAUUCACUGCUAUGCAGUAUUGGGUAGGGAUCAAUGCUCUGGCCGUGUUAUCAGGCUUGCAUUGAGACAUCAACGCUACUUCACUUGACAGGCAGGCUAUAAGGAGCUUACCGGAGACCUGCUUUAGAAGCUGUGGACUGUGUCCAGACUCGACUUGCCAAGAUUGGAGGCUUGUCUCCAUUUCCAUUUACUGGAUUUUUGGCAGCGUUUGGUUCUGUGACAAUGGUGCCCCAUGACUGACUUAGAAAUUUGAAACUGAGACAAGUAGAGAUGGUAUCAGUCUAAACCUUGGGUAAAUCUCAGAAACGCUGGCGCAAACGUGGGGCUUAUUUUACCCCAAAAUCAAAAGAAAUGUGAAAUUGUACUUGCACGAGUUCUGAUGAUUUUUAUUCGCAUUCUGACAAACCUGUCACGGGACAAACAAAGUAUAUUCUGAUUACUGUAAUGAAUAAUUAUAUUUUAUUACAAAUGUAAAUUAUUUAUACAUUAUUGUAGUAUUUGUACUGCUCUUAAUUUAUGUUUUUUAAUAAAACCACUGUAUUACUAUGAAAUGACUUUCAGUAAAUCACGCGCCAUUGAGGAUAUAAAAAUGCACACAAAAUUGAAAUAAAAAAUGGAAUGGGCGUAUUUUUUUAUAAAAAACAAAAACAAAAUAAUUUUCUUUUAAUUUUGGGGUACCAUGUGACCUUACAUGUUUCUGUGAUUUACCCAUUCGUGAAUUUGACAGCAUUAGACUUUUCAACCAAACAAUGCCCGUCUAUCAUCAUGUGAUGUUUCAGCUGAGCUGAAAAGCACUUCUUAUUUAUUGUCUUUUAAAAAGCAUCCACCGGCCCUUUAAGGCGCCUUUUCUGUUCUCAUCAUUCUCCAGUCGUUCUCAAACUGUUAGUUGUUGUAUCGCCUCUAAUUCAUCAUAUUCUCAUUAGGACUCUGUGUUUAAAGAGUGACUCUGAUCUGCUCCGUGUGACACACUAUUAAACCAGACUGUUCUGCAAGCUAAGAAACUAAAUCCUUUCUAAUAGGGUUUCUGUCUUCUAGGCGUGUCACUUCCCCACAUUUCCAUGUUUCAGUUGAUCGAGGAGAUUUGAUAGGACGGUUCCGAGCAGAAUUGAUCGAGGGGUUAUUUUGAUUGGUCAGUUGCGAGUUGAAUCGAUUGUGGUGCUGUCGUGAAUCAUCGGUUUUAUGUCGCAUUGAUCACGGGUCUGAUGGUUGCCAGAUAUCUCCGUUUGCUCUCAGUUGGAACAUCCCUGUAUGAAAUGUAUUGUAUUGGACACCAGAUUUGAAAAGCUGGUCAACCGCAGAUAUUUACUGUAUACACAAUGAUUUUCCUUUUUUUACUUUUAAGAAAUCAACUUUCAUUGUGGCAUCUUCAAAUGAGCCAUACAUCUUCAUGCUUCUCUAAUGUUCCCCUAAAUGUUAUUUAUUUAUACUGUAUAGAUUUGUGUUCUGCCAUUGCCUGUAUGUCAUGAUCUGAAAUAUUUAGAUUUGUCGCCUCAUUAAUAUCUUUGUACAUGCUUUGAUAUAAACAUGAUGAGAAUCUAUCACUUACGCAUUACAAUCCAUCUCCUCUGUCAUUCACCAUAUAUAAUCCUUCCCUCGCUUUGUGUAUAAAUGAUAUUUCAGCGUUGGGUCGAGUUCGGGAAAAUCAUUCAGAUUGGGUCGUGCAAACAAAGCGAUCGUUUCGUUUCCAAGGAAAAAUGUGCAAUAUGUGUCUCUCAGAUGGUUCUGAAAGCUUCAUUCGAUUUAUUUCUGUUGGUUAGGUGCUCAGGUCACAGAUAGAGUCCAUACAGUUCCCAUCCCUCUGAUUGUACGGGUGCCUGCUUGGCUCAUUUCACACUAACGAUCCAUACAUAACACAUGGUUUUCCCUAUGUUCUUUUCUUUUAAUUCCUUUUAUUCUUUUAGAAGUAAAACAUUGACAUGGUGUCCUCUUCUUGUCUGUUUUCUGGCAUAAUGAUUAUUUAUUGCACAUGGUUUCCAUAGUUACACCAAGGUGUUUUGUUCGAACUGGGCUCGAAUUUCUUACAAUUUUAUGGAAGCUUUUGUUGAAAUUUUGAAAGUGUGUAUUUCAUGAAUAAAUGCCUUAUAAAAACGUG